UGACAAUUGCUCGGUAAAGAAGAAGAGUAAACUUUUACGCAUUGAUUGGGAAAAAUUUACUGCUACUUAUCUUUUUUUUACAAAUUAUUGUUUUUUGUGCUGACUCAACCAAGUGAGGAUUAGGUAAAAAAAAUCUGAACUUAACUAAUUUUUGAGUGACUGCUGCCUUACUUCAAAAUGGAUUUCGGUGAUGAUUUUGCUCCCAAAGAAGAGGUUGACCCAGCUGCAGAGUUUUUAGCACGUGAGCAAUCAGUUCUCGGUGAUCUGGAAUCCGAAAUCGUACCACCUGCAAGUACUGUUGCAAGCGGACCGCCCAGCACCGAUGGCAAUGGUCUCCUUGGUGGCGAUGAUCUUGCGCCCAACGUGGCAGGUGGUGGACUCGGCUCUUCCACUGGUAGCUUUGAAAUGAUAGGUGGCGAAUCGAAUGAACCCGUCGGUAUUUCAGGGCCACCACCCUCACGAAUUGAACCAGAAAAGAUUAGAAAAUGGCGUGAGGAACAAAAACAAAGACUUGAAGAGAAGGAUCGUGAAGAAGAACGCAAAAAAGAAGAGUUGCGCCAACAAGCUAAACAAGAAUUAGAUGAUUGGCUCCGCCAAACUGAAGAAUCAAUUGCUAAAACAAAAGCGGCAUCACGUAAUGCCGAAAAACAAGCAGCAGCGCUCGAAAAUGGUGGCCCACUGGAACCGGGUACCGAAUGGGAACGCAUUGCAAAAUUGUGCGAUUUUAAUCCAAAAGUGAACAAAUCCGGCAAGGAUGUGUCACGUAUGCGAUCCAUUUACUUGCAUUUGAAGCAGAAUCCCAUCCCACUAAAAACCGCUUAAUUAUUUAAAGUGAAACUUCAAGAAAAGCCUUAGUGCACUAAAACAUUCACUAACAUACGAGUUUAUUAAUAGUAUUUCGGUCUUAGAUUUACAAUACAUUUGUGCUGAUUCUUA